UGAAUUGCAUAGUCAUUCGUGUUCGCUGUGUCGACCUGAUGCCACACCCGCUCACGCGUCAUUACAUGUUUCUGCACCGGGUCCAAGUUAUAUAGAGAAACUCCACAGCCUGCGCUUCCUAUUUGGCUGUGCAAAGAUCAGAGGGAAAAUGGAGUCUGGUGCAAGAGUAGCUGCUCUCUUUCUCGUGUCCAUGUUAUGCCUGUGUGCUGUUGCUGCAGAACAACAAGCAGCUGAAGUCCACACAAAGCUCGGAAGUCUGAGAGGUCAGUAUGUCAGUGUGAAGGGGAAAGAAACAGGAGUCCAUGCCUACCUGGGUGUCCCAUUUGCCAAGCCGCCUGUAGGCCCUGCUCUGAGACUGGCUGCACCUCAGCCUGUGGAGGGUUGGGAAGGAGUGAGAGAUGCCACCAAGCAACCGCUCAUGUGUAUUCAGAACAGAGAGUAUGUUCUAGAUCUGGUGAAAGUUCUUGGUGGGUUUCUCAAAGAUAUACCAGAUGUUUCAGAAGACUGCCUUUACCUCAACAUCUACACUCCUGCAAACAGAGCUCCAGAUGCUAAGCUUCCAGUCAUGGUCUGGAUCCACGGUGGAGGUUUCAGUCUGGGAUCAGCCUCGAUGUAUGAUGGCUCUGCCCUGGCUGCUUACCAGGAUGUAGUUGUGGUUUUAAUACAGUACAGGUUGGGAGUCCUGGGCUUCCUCAGCACUGGAGAUGAGCACAUGUCUGGGAACUAUGGAUUGUUGGACCAAGUACAAGCUCUGAGGUGGAUUCAGGAGCACAUUCAAAACUUUGGUGGAAACCCAGAUUUGGUGACCAUAUUUGGGGAGUCUGCUGGUGGAGUGAGCGUGUCACUCCUGCUUCUCUCACCAUUGAGUGAUGGCCUGCUGCACCGUGCCAUUGCCGAGAGUGGCACUGCUGCAAUGGAUAUGCUUUUUGUUAGUGACCCAAUGCCAACAAUGCAGACGGUGGCAAACACUUCUGGCUGUAGCCUGGAGAGCACAGAGAAGAUGGCCAGCUGCAUGAGGAACCUUGAUUUGGAUUCUAUUUUGCCUUUGUUGGAGGAUUUAACAUUAAGAAUUUCCAUAACUAUGGAUGGACACUUCCUGACAAAAAGUGUGGAUGACCUUCUCACUCAACGUGAACUUCUCUCUGUACCGUUCAUGACUGGUGUUAAUAAUGAUGAAGGAGGCUGGCUGCUCUGCCAGUAUUUUGCUCCACCGAACUGGACAGAGGGGAUUGAUCAAGAGCAUUUCAUCAACGUAUUGUCCAUGUUUUAUCCUGAUCCCAAAGACGCAAACUUCAGAGAUCUGGUGGUAGAGGAAUAUACUGGAAGUGGUGAAGAUCGUGUGAAAAAUAGAAAUGGAUUCACUGAGAUGGUUGGGGAUGUGCUGUUUACUAUACCAGCGAUUGAGACUGCUAAUGCCCAUAGAGAUGCAGGCGUCCCUGUAUACCUGUACGAGUACCAGCAUCCUCCCUUAUUCCUGCAGGAGUUGAGACCAAGCUUUGUCCGUAGUGACCAUGGUGAUGAAAUGUUUGCAGUGUUGGGAAUCUGCUUGACAACUACGUAUUCCAAUCUAGCUGAUAACUGCUCUGAAGAGGAGGUACAAUUAAGCAAAACCGUGAUGAGCUACUGGGGCAACUUUGCUCGCACGGGUUCUCCAAAUGGGAAUGGCCUCGCCUACUGGCCAAAGUAUGGAGCAGAAGAAAAGUACCUGGCCAUUGGUUUAAAGGAGCAGGUCGUUGCUCAGCACCUGAAGAAGGAGCACUUCAUCCUCCUGACUCAGACCAUCUCAGAGAAAAUGCAACAACAUACAGAGAAAAGUGAACACGGCGAACUGUAGACAACUCAACUCUACAUUUUCAUCCACAUCAAUUUGGAUAGAGAGGUUUCUUUUUUUAAAUCAACUGAAAAAGGCACGUGUUGUACUAAUUUAAACCUUAACCUUCAGUAUCGCAUACUGCACAUCUGUGAAAGAUCAAUGUAAUGAGUGCGACGUGAUUGCUGAAACUGACUGUGUCUGGAUUUUAGUAAUAAACCAUCAAAUUUGAACCUG